AUGGCAAGGAAAUCUGGCUCGAAAUCUCAAAGCAGCAAGCAUGGAAAUAGCAAAGGAAAACCUCGAGGUCCAUCAUCAGAUUCACAAGAUUUGAAAACACGCAGUUUGCAGCAUCUUCAAACUCGAUCAGAAGUGAGGCAUUCUUUUAAUGAGUUUAUGGAGGUGAUUCAUGGCUCAGCAAAUCAGAUGAAACAAGGUACUGCUCGAUCUAAUAUGGAAGUGGGUACGAUUUCAAUUCCUAUAUUGCAGCAAUUUGAUGAGGCUGCUGCUACUGAUAAUGCACCUAAUUUUGAUAAUAAUGUUGAAAUACCUAUGAAAUUGUAUCCAGAACAGAUUGUUUCUGAUAAUGUUGAUGUUAGUGAAAUUCAUAGUGAUGAGAGUAACCCUGUUGAAAUUGGUUUUGAUGAUAUUCAAGAGGAGAUUGAAUUUUGGAGUUCUGCUGUGGUGUGUUACAUUGUGGGGGCUAAUCCUCCUAUCAAUGUCAUGGAGGGAUUCAUUCGAAGGAUUUGGAAACAGUUGAAUGUUGAUAAGGUUGUCAUGGUGAGAAAGGGGGUUUUUCUGCUAAACUUCAAGUAUUGGGGGGAAAAGGCUUUGUUUAAGAUUGUAGCACAGUUAGGCAAGCCACUAAGGAGGGAUCAGGCCACAAUCAGUAGAGAUAAACUGCAAUUUGCUAGAGUCAUGGUGGAUGUACCAUUGUCUCAAGAGUUGCCUGAUUUUAUCUCCUUCAGAGAUGAGAAUGGCAUUAUGGUGAGAGUUGCCAUAUUUCAUGAAUGGAAGCCAACAAUUUGCACUAAAUGCAAGAUGUUUGGUCACCUACAGACUGAAUGCAGACAAGGUCAGAAGAAGAUCUGGAUUAGGAAAGCUCAACCAUCUGUUCCAAUUUCAGUUCAAUCAACUGAGCAGGGUGAACAUGUGGUUAGUCCUAUUGUGGAUCAAGAAGGUUUUCAAAUAUCUUUGAGACCAAUUAGAGUGAGAGUUGGUCUAGAAACUCCAGUUAGAACUUCUAAUACUUUUCAGGUAUUGGAGGCUUCUUUAAUUGAUAAGGAGGAACUGGUAGGAGAACAGGGCCUAAACUCAAUACAGAAACAGAAUGAGGUGAAUCACUUUAUUCAGAAGUAUGCAGUGGGUUUGGUGGGGCUCCUGGAACAUAAGGUGAAGCUCUCUAAUCUAGGGAAGCUUUAUCAGAAAGUUUUUAUAAAUUGGUGCUUUACUAGCAACUCUAGCUAUCACUCUGGUGGUAGGAUAGUUGUAGCCUGGAAGGCUGGUUGCUUCACAGUUAACAUUGUUGCUGCAUCCAGUCAGUUUGUUCAUUGCCAUGUUACUCCUGUAAGUGGUAGGAAACCCUUUUAUUGCACUUUUGUUUAUGCUUUUAAUGAUGCUGGUAUGAGACAAGAUCUAUGGAGGGACUUGUUGUUGCUUAACACCCAAGAACCCUGGAUUGUGUGUGGGGAUUUCAACUGUGUUAUGGCAUUAGAUGAGAGAAUUGGAGCUCCUGUCAGACAUAGAGAUAUUGUGGAUGUGAGCAACUGUAUGCAUGCUUGUGGUAUGGAGGACAUUAAGUGUGUGGGUAAUCUUUUCACCUGGAACAACAAGCAACAAGGUAACAACAGGGUUUUUUCAAAAAUUGAUAGAUUUAUGGCUAAUCAUGCUUGGCAAACUUGUUUUCCUGUUGCUGAAGUGUGUUUUAUGCCAGAAGGUCUUUUUGAUCACUCUCCUGGUCUUCUUUCUGUGUAUCCCAGAGAUGAUGGAGGGAAGAAACCAUUUAAGUAUUUUACUAUGUGGAAGUCUUCAACUGUGUUUUCUGAUAUUGUUCAGCAGGCUUGGAAUACUCAGUUUAUUGGCACUAAAAUGUUCAUUUUGAUUAAUAAACUGAAAAGAGUUAAACUGGCUCUUAAAGAGUUGAAUAAAGUGGGUUUUACAGAUAUUCAAGCAGCAGAUUUGAGAGCUUAUCAGACUAUGGUGAGUGCACAAACUGCAAUGCAUAAUAAUCCUUCUGAUCAAAGUUUUGCAGAUACAGAGUUGAUUGCAAUUCAGGAUUAUAAGGAGAAACAUAAUGCUUAUUUGGCUUUCCUCAGUCAGAAAGCAAAAUUGUCUUGGCUUAAAGAUGGAGAUGAGAAUACUUCUCUUUUUCAUCAGAGUAUCAAGACUAGAAAGGUACAGAACCAAGUGUAUAGCAUUUAUGAUAUGCAAGGAGAAUGGAAAGAUACAGCUGAUGGGGUGUCCCAAGCUUUCUUGGAUUAUUAUAAAGUGCUCCUAGGUAGUACUUCUGAGAAUAGAACACCAGUAAACAAGGAGGUGGUGCAGCAGGGGCCAGUCUGUUUGGAUCAUCAUAAAGCUAUACUCAAUGCUCCUUAUACAGCAGAUGAAGUUAAGAAGGCUCUUUUCUCUAUUCCAGGUAUUAAAGCUCCUGGUCCAGAUGGUUUUGGUUCUUAUUUUUACAAAGAUGCUUGGCAUAUUGUUGGGGAUGAAGCAAGGAAGAAUCUUGAAGGAGGUGAACCACACUGUGAUUACUCUUAUUCCCAAGACUAA